AUGCCCUACGCUUUGAAUGUAAAUCAAAGCACAGUUUUUAGUAUGGAUUUAGAGUUAGCACUCGAUUUGGCGAAACAGAGGGCAUCGGUUUUAUGGCUUCUGUCCAAAGCGUACAACAAUGAGAUACCGUCUGAUCUGAGGGAACCCUUCUAUAAGGAUCACGACGAGAAUGACAGACUUAAGCCACAAAUCACACAGUCGUUGGCCAGCGCUGAGCUCUACUGUCUGGCGUUGGCCAACAUCUACUCGGACCCCAACUAUCACUGUCUCAAUCACUACGGAAUUAUGCAAAUCCUUCAGCGAAAAGGGGUUUAUAUGGUUGAGCCCAACGACGCCUCACUCACCGAAACGGUGCUCAUACAGAACGCUCCCAUCAAAAUGAGCGCUCAUAUGGUUAUAAUCGAAGCCAUAAUGACUUUAUAUAUAAAAGAGGUUCUGAUACCGGAAAAGGUGGCGGAAGUGGUUUCGAGGUUCUCCUACAUCGAAGAGGACGAGAUUCCCGACGACUUGGAAGAAGUGGCCAUAUUUUGGAUCAAUAAAUGUUGCGUUCGCUUAAAGCAAGUGAUGCAAAGAGAGCUGAACGCCGAUGAGAGCACUCGCGAUGAGCCGACCCCUACUCUGCCAAUGUUGGAAGAGUUGACUGACUUGAGUGACGGGUGCUGUUUGGCAGCACUACUUAGCUUUUACUGUCCCGAUCACCUCAAAUGGCAAGAGAUUGCACUCAACAAAGACAUGUCUUUGGCUGACUCUAUAUAUAACCUACAAUUGGUUCAGUUCUUCUGUGAGGAGAAGCUUCCAUUCAACUGUUGUUUCUUAACGUUAGAGGACUUCCUAUACCUUCACGAGACUAUUCAGACCAAUGUAUUGGCGUUUAUCGCGGAUCUGCUCUUCUUUUUUGAGAUAAGACCCGCAGAGUGUGUCCGACAGCCGGACACCCAGUCAUGCGGUGAUGAGAUUGACGGCGAGAUUAAUAACGGCUUAUAUUAUCCCGAUUUGCCGACACCGGCGGAAAUGAAGGCCAAAUCAUUGCAACACUCUUCGUGGGCGGACGAACAGCACAUCGUUAUAGAGCAGCAAACGAAUGGUUCGCCCCCUCAACGACCCCCACGCAGAUCCAUCUCUAGUGCAAAGCUCGCCAAUCGUCACAAAAGUGUGUCUUCACAGCAGCCCUCCGACGAAGACGAAGAGCUGACCCGUUAUUUCUCAAAUACCGACUUCAGAGGAGACAACGAGGCGUCGCCUGAGAUACUGAUGAUCAACGAGAGGAAUGCCGUCAAAACGGGUCCCAAAUAUAUUAAUUCCUUCGCAGACAAUAAUAAUCGGAGAAAUAUAGACGACAACAACGAUGUGAUUCUGUCGACGUCUCCUCACAAACAGUCAAACAAUAAUUCAAAUCAUGAAAUGAGUGAUAAGUCUUCGUCUCAAUUGACUAAUUACUUCUCACAAUUAGCGCAAACCAAUGCCAGUGGGACCACCACUCGGCGGCCAAGUGUUCCCAAUUGCCGCAAACCCGUUCAAUCUAAUCAACAAAACUUAAUGAACUCAUCCAUUGUGUUGGGAACCGAUUCGCCGCCGUUGCCGGUGAUACACAAUUCGAGCACGAGUUACGGUUAUAAGAGUAAUUCAUCACAAAUGUCAUCACAGACUCAGCCAUUGGCUCCCGAAACGGAACCGGUUAUAAACAUUGCAUAUACGCAUAAAAGUGACAAAACAUCCAUUAGUAGUAAUAAUAGUAGCAAUUAUUUGCCACCGGCUUCGCAGUCGAGCCAAUCGUUAUCAUCAAAACCCAUAGCAAACACAUCAACAAAUAGUAAUACAUUUAAAUUAAAUGCAUCACAAAAACAGAAUUCAGUGCAAAAUAUAGCGACCGUAGCGUCGGAUCAGCCCUUUUACUUACAACAAGACGAAGACACCAGAAGUCUCAACAUCGGCAAAGAGGCGUUUCUUAAGGUUAUCCACAAGAAUGGUAGCCAAGAAAUACCCACUCAAGAGAUGCCCAAUCAGUUGCCCAAUCAGAUGAUGCCUCAAAUGGUACCACAAAUGAUGCCACAGAUGGUGCCCAACAAUCAUAUGAUGGCUCAACACAACACUCAAGAGCUUAUGAAUCAUCAAAUGCUUAACCACCAGAUGAUGGCACCAGAAGUGAUGAGCCAUCAAAUGCACGGCCAACCCAUGGUUAUGACCAACCAUUCAAUGAUAGCACCAGAAUAUAUGAAUCAACGAUUAAUGGCUCAUCAGAUGAUGAACGCACCGCAAGUAAUGCAUCACCAGUUAGUUAAUCAUCAAAUGAUGGCAAACGCACCACAAGUUAUGUCGCAUCAAAUGAUGGCACAAAAUCCCAAUACGUAUUAUCACAUGAAUUCUCAGCCGACAAAUAUGGCCGGCGUUUCUAUUCCUCCGCAACAAGUGUUCGAAGAAUACGAUCGACAACAGCAACAGAUGUACUCCUCUUCGCCCACAUCUAAGCCACUGAUUGGCCGAACGUUUCGCGUAAUGAAACCAAAAGUGAUGUCACCAGACGUUUCUGAACACAACUCUCCGACCCGUUCUGCCAGUGAAUACUCAGACGAAGGUUUCAAUAAUUAUGAGAAGAGCGCUAAGAGUUCUUCGAGCGGUUCCACCACUAAAGAGGACACGACUGGCGCGGAGAACAUGAAAGACGCGUUCUUUAUAUCGUUUGAUAACGAAGUCAAACCGAAAGCACCAAAACCUGGACUCAAACCAAAACAUGUCAAACAACAGCAACAGAUGAGACGAGAGCUUAAUAAACAGUUGACAGCGAAUAACGUGUCGCAAGAGUCGCAGAAUCAGUCAUCCAAUCUGUUUCCCAACGGUUCCGCGAAUGUGACACCCGUUCCGCCGAUGCAAUCGCCGGUCAAUUCGGUGUCGCCAGGCGUCGGGUUCGUGAUCGGCGCUGAUUUAGUACAUCCAGACCUAAGCAGUGAACUAGAAAUGGCCAAAAAGAAGGAGACAAUUAUGUUGCAGUCAUUGAAACGGAGGGAACGACUGGAGGCCGAGAGGACCAAAAAGGAGAGAGAUUUGGCCCAAAAGCGUGAAGACGACAGAAUCAGACGCGAGAACUCCGAACGCAAACGAGAGGACGAGAGGGUUAAGCGACAGAUUAUUCUCGAACAGUACAGACACAGGAAAGCGGCCGAAGAGAUGGAGAAAAACGGCGGUUCCCUCUCAUCGAAAGACUCUGUGCGCAGCAGUAGUACACUUGUGCUAAACAGACCGUCGCGUCAACGCCUCUUCCAGAAGCCUCGGCCCAAAUCACUGCACGUGACCGCAGCCAACAUUCAGGACUACUCGUCGCUCGACUGCAACAAAUCGCGGAUAUCAGUCGACGACACCGACGCCUGUGCUCUCCUCUCCGCCAACUCAAACCUGUCCCGACCGGAGAGCGCGAUGUCCGGCCACUCGAAGAGCUCCGCGUUCGUCACGUCGCCCACCGGUCACGGCUCACACGUCCCGCCAUUCAUGUACUCCCGGUUUAGAGGGCCUCCGAGUGACGGCGCGUCCGACGCCGGCUCCGUCUACACGGAAUACACGGGACCUAAACUGUUCGUAAAGCCGAGUCAAAAGUCUAAUAAAAUUUUAAUAUUGAAUGCAAUUAACGUUGUAUUGGCCGGUGCUGUCAAUAAUGACACCAAGAAGAAAGUCUUAGAGCAAAUUAAUUCUUCCGAUAGUAAACACUAUUUAAUACUAUUUCGAAAUGCGGGCCUUCAGUUCAGAGCCGUCUAUACAUAUAAUCCCGACCGCGAAGAAGUGGUCAAACUGUACGGAACGGGUCCUAAAAGUGUGACAAACGAAGUGAUCGAACGGUUCUAUAAAUACAACUCCGGGAGUAAGAGUUUCGCUGAAAUACAAACCAAACAUUUAAGCGUAACAAUCGAUGCCUUCAUUAUUCACAAUAACUUAUGGACCGGAAAGAGAGUAAUACCUAAACGCGAGUUAUUAUAGUAUACAUACAUUAGAGGAGAUUUUGUAAAUGAAAUGAAAUUUAUAUUUAAAUUUAGUUUUGUUAUAAAUGAAGAAAAAAGUGAUAAUGGACCGGAAAGAGAGUAAUACCUAAACGCGAGUUAUUAUAGUA